AUGGUUAGUCAAUAUCAAGCGAAUCCAGUUCUCAAGCAUUGGCAAACUGUAAAACAUAUAUUAAGGUAUCUUAAAAGAACCGGGGAUUAUAUGCUUAUGUAUUCUGAGGAGAACCUUACUCUUGUUGGAUGCACAGACUCAGACUUCCAAACCUAUAAAGAUUCAAGGAAAUCAACGUCAAAAAAUGUAUUCGAUGUAGGUCGUGGAGCCAUAGUAUGGAGAAGUGUAAAACAGACUUGCACUACUGACUCUACUAUGGAGGCUGAGUAUGUGGCUGCUUCUGAGACAAUGAAAGAAGCAAUAUGGCUUCGAAAGUUCUUAACUGAACUUAAAGGUAUUCUUGGUAUGGAGAAAGUUAUAUCACUAUAUUAUCAUAACCGUGAUGCAAUAGCAAGUACCAAGGAAAUGAGAAGUCACAAGAGGAAGAAGCACAUUGAUCGAAAGUAUCACUUGAUAUGA